ACGAAGCGGCAAAGAUGACGGUGAUGAAUUGCUUCGAUGUGAGGAAUUUUCCGUGGAAUCAAUUCUUUUCUCCUUCUCCUCCUUAUUCUUCCUUCUCUGUUCUUUCGUCAUCAGCAUCACUGCUAUUCUCGGUGGUUGUGUUUCCGAACACGAAGAAGCAGAAGCCACCCAAUCCCUUCUUUUCAACCGGACCGAGUGCUAUUCGAGCUAUGGUUCGGGACGAUUCGGAAGGGGAGAGCGUUAAUGGUUCCAGCACCAAUGGCACUAUCAACACCAAUGAUAAUAAUAGUUAUGCAAGUGGAAUGACAAUGACAGCGAAAGGGUCGGGAACGACGGCCAGGGGACGUAGAUUACUCAAACUCAGAGAGGAGAAGAGAAAGCGCGAAUAUAAUCGUCUCCAUAAUUAUCCCACCUGGGCCAAAAUCCUGGAGACUGCUUGCAGAGAAGACGAGGAGCUUCGAGUCGUGCUCGGCGAUAGCAUCGGAAACCCUGAACUCAUGAGAAAAAGGGUCGCAGACAGGGUUCGAAAGAAAGGUCGUGAUUUUCGCAAGUCCAAAACGGGUUCCGUUCUUGCCUUCAAAGUCAGCUUUAGAGAUUUCAAUCCCAUCGAUUCCUUCAUAUGGUUUGAACUAUAUGGAUCUCCAUCUGACCGUGAUGUUGACAUCAUUGGUAGUGUUAUUCAGUCAUGGUAUGUCAUGGGGCGUUUGGGAGCAUUUAACUCUUCUAAUUUGCAGUUGGCAAAUACAUCCAUGGAGUAUAAUCCUCCCUAUGAUACAGAUAAAGGAUUCAAAGUGAUGCCAUCAUCAUUCCACGAUAUUGGUGAUGUGGAAUUUCAGGACAACUGGGGCCGGGUUUGGGUAGACCUUGGGACAUCUGAUUUCUUUGCAGUUGAUGUACUCCUCAAUUGCUUAACUGUAUUGAGCUCUGAAUAUAUAGGUAUUCAACAGGUGGUUUUUGGUGGUCGGCGCAUGGGUGAUUGGGAAGAAGGUAUGACGAGUCCUGAGUUCGGAUACAAGUACUUCAAGAUCUGAAGAGAGAAUGGAUGUAGAUUUAUUACUUUUUCCAUGCCUAUGCGUAUGUGGAAGGAGCACCUCAAAAACGAAACCUCUUGAACACCCAGAUGAAGUUUUUUAUUUCUCUAUCGUGUGCUUGACCUUUGAUAAAUGUGGUAAAGGGUUCAACAAGUUAAUCCACAAUAAAUGAGAUCAUGCAACAUUGAAUAGCUGAUUCUUC